AUGGGACAGGGCCCAUUGCCAAGCCUCACCGACGGUGUCCGAACAGUGGUGACGGUCAAUCGCCUGCGCCUGCAACGCUCCGCGCGUCACUGCGACAAGCGCAUCGCCAAGCGCUUUUGGUCGUGCGCUUCCGAGCAUGCCGACCUCGAGACCCAUCGCCGCAGCCAUGAGGUCGAGGUAGAGUUUAGCCCCAGCGCUCCGGAUGAGGUCAUGCCUGUCUUGGCCCAGGUCCACGGCACCAUCGCACGCCUGCUGCGGCGCCUGAGACGCGACGACGGGCGCGAGACACCGGCCGCCCCGUUGCUGCUUCAGCCCGGCCGGGUGCUGGAGCGGUGGCAGCGGCGCCAGCGGCGACUCGAGGCGAGCUGUGCGAGCUGGUUCUCGGUCUUCCCGGGCAGCGUGCGGCCGGUGAGCACGACCUGGCCGUGGACGAUCAAGCCGGCGCUGGCGGUGCUCUGGGGCGUGUGCUGGCAGUACUACCCGCCCUCUUCUGGCAGCUUCGAUGCGCGCACGCGGGUGCCGGCGGCGCUGCUGGAGAGCCACCUGCGCGACGCGGGUUGUUGGGGGUGGCAAUCGCCGGACGCGGGAGCGUAUCUGCAAUUCGGUCGCGAGGCGCUUGCGCCUUUCCUGGCGCCGGCGGGCGAGAGGGUGCCGGCCCAGGGAGAGCCUGGCGCAGGCGGAGCGGAAGCGCCGGCCUUGGAUUUCAGGAAUCCGCGCUCCAACGCCGACGCUGAUCCGCGGCCGCCGUCGGCUCCCGGCCAUUUAUAUGCCAACGCGUUGUCGCCCAACGCGUCGCCCUGCGAAGCUCAAGCCUGCGUCUGGCCUUACCAAUCAGGCAUCGCCACCUUCGAGCCCACUUCCCAUCAGCUCCCGCAUGCCCGCACCACAACCACUUCACUCCACGAUUCCCUCCACUGGUUUUCCCAGCACCAGACCCGCCAACAACCGCCUCAGCACUGCCUGAACCACUCCAUCCCCGAGCUCCGCGUCGAGGAUUUCACCACGCAGCCUGCGCUGCAGCCUACGUCUGCAUCGCCCGCCAACGACUAUAUAUCCCGCCAGGCACUCUCGCCACGCCGCGCAACUUCAGCAUUUCCAUCGUUCUACGACUCCCCCAUGGACGCUACUGUCGCCCACGUUCCGCAGGUGAUGACCGACUUUUCCAAGGCUUCUGGCCCCGUUAGUCCCGUCUCCAUGAACGAGGAGGUCGUCGCCCAGAUGUCUCCCGCCGCAACCUCGACCGCCACCAACCCCCGGAAGCGGAAGCUUUCCGAUGUCUCUCUCGCUGCCCACCCCGUGCAGCCCACCAACCCUCAGCUCCCCAUCCGCGAGUCUUCCGAGGAGCAGGACCGCUACGACGGCUACACGCCGCGUGGCAAGUAUUCUCACAAACGCACCGAGGACCCGCCCCGGAACACCGAGGGCAAGAUGAUCUGCAACUUCUCCCCCGACUGCCAUGGUAUCAUCUUUGAACGAAAGUGCGAGUGGAGUAAGCACAUGGACAAGCACGACCGCCCGUACGUCUGCCGCCACAAGGGUUGCGAGAAGCUCCAGGGCUUCACCUACUCCGGCGGCCUGCUACGGCACGAGCGCGAGGUGCACAAGAUGCACGGUGGCACUAAGAAAGCUCUCUUCUGCCCGCACCAAGACUGCAAACGCAGCAUGGGCCAGGGUUUUACCCGCAAGGAGAACCUAGCCGAGCACAUUCGCCGUGUCCACCGCCGCGCCAGCAAUUCCGAUGUCGCUUCCUCGCCCACCGCUCAGCCGGGUGGCGGCCAGCCGAAGCCCGAGGAUGAGGCUGCUAGCGAGGCUGGCCUCAGCCCCGAUGCCGAUGCUGAUGACGUUUACGGUGGUGCCGUCGGCGAGAGACGCGUCGGCCCAUCGAGUAAGAAGAGGAGGACGUCUGGUACGGAUGGUGGAGGCAGUGUCGGUGGGGGUGGUGAGACGGAUGAGGAUGACCUGAGAGAGGAGAUCAGGCGACUUCGUCGCGAGAAUGAGGAGAAGGACCAGAGGCUCAAGAAAUUGGAAGCGGCAGUAGAAGUCCUCAGCAGAGGACAAGGCGCUCCGACCAUGGUUUGA